UCAAAUGUGGCACUUAUAAAAUGUACUACGUACAAAUAACAGCGUCACGUAUUUAGGCGCUUUGACUUACAGGUUAAUUUAACGUUAUGGUAUAAUGUAGGCAGACGCACUCGUUUAGCUUUAGUUAGCACGCUAGCAUUAGCCGUAUUGUGGGCUAUGGCGGCGGCCGUGGACAGCUUUCACUUUUUGUACCGAGAAAUUUCUCGAUCCUGCCAUGCUUACUUUGAACCUUUGGUCUUGGUUGGAGCUUUGUAUACCACCAGCAAAGCAGUAAUCCUGCUGAGAGAUUGUUGCACGUUGAUCAGGGUGCAUUUUAUCCCCAGAAUGAUUCCGACUCAGAGGCUGGCCCACCGCUUUGGAGACUGGGCUGUUGUUAGCGGUGUGUCAGAGCCCAUUGCUAAAGCCUAUGCAGAGGAGCUGGCCAGGCAGGGCAUCAACAUCAUGUUUAUCAGUCAGGAUCACACAGCUGUGGCCGAUACUGCUGCAUCCAUUUCCCAGACCUAUGGAGUGGAGAGUGUUGUUGUGCAGGGUGACUUCACACUAGAACAGACAGCCUGUAAACCCAUCAAAGAAGCCAUUAGGGGUAAAGAUAUCGGCUUCCUCGUGAACUGUGUGGAUGAGUCUCUCGCCUUCCCCCAGAAACUGAUUGAAAUUCCUGAGCAAAGGCUGAUUGAUUUGGUGAACAAGAACAUUGCAGUUGCUACCCUGAUGACCCGCUUGGUGCUACCAGGGAUGGUGGAGCGCAGCAGAGGAGCUGUGGUCAAUAUAUCAUCAGCUACUGGAUGCAGACCCUCGUCAGGAAGAGUGAUGCUCGCUGCCUCCACUAAAUACCUGGAUCAUUUCUCCCGAGCUCUUGAUCUUGAGUACAGCAGCAAAGGGAUCUUUGUCCAAAGUCUGGUUCCUUUUCAGAUAGCAUCACGCAAACGACAUCCACCAUCAUCUUCAUCAUCACCAUUGCCUUCAGAAGGCUGGUUUGUUCCAAGUCCAGAGGUUUAUGCUCGCCAUGCUGUGUCCACCCUGGGUGUUGCUAAGAGGACCACAGGCUACUGGCCUCACACACUGCAGUACAGGCUGAUGAGGUGUGUUCCAGAGUGGAUUUGGGUUCUUGGGUCACGUGCGCUCACCAGUUCAAGCUGAGACUUUCUGAUUAUGUGUGUCGUUUGGCUUUGAGUUCAUUCUGCCAGCACUUUACAGGAGUUCUGUUACAUAUUGGUCAGCUUUCUCAUAUUGAUUUUGUACUUUGUUGAAUGUGAAAUGAGCGUUUGUUAAAUGUGUUACUGAACAUGCACAGAGUAUUGCACUGUCACAGUGGGUAGAUUAGUGAAUUCCUUUUUGCCUUGAAACCUCAUAAAAUGUCCUUAUGGUGAUC